AUGGAAACAUUUGAGGCCGAAUUGGCCAAAGCAACAAACCUUGACAAGGGGGACAUGCUGGGCGCCGUCGCUAUAGUCAUUGACAAUAACGGAAAGUUCUUAUACCGACAUGCUGCUGGACGCCAAUUACUUGAUACUGACUCGCCGCCGUUGGAUCCUGAUUGCACUAUAUCGCUCACCUCCGCAGGCAAGUUCGUUACCAAUAUCGCGGCCUUGCAAUUGGUUGAACGUGGUAUUUUGAUGCUCGACGAACCAAUUACCAGGUCUCUUCCAGAGAUUGAGAAAUGCCUGCUCGUGGAGGAAGUGGAUGAAAAAAUACGGCUACGCCCCCCAAUUUGCAGCGUCACGUUGCGUCACUUACUCUUAAACACGAGUGGAAUGGGCACCCCCGAUUCGUACCAAGAACGGUUUGGCAUCGAGGAUAGAGUACCACCCCCAGACUUUCCCGAUGACGCCCAUCCCUUAUCCAGGAAUCAAUUUACACACCUCUUCUUUGAGCCUGGUGAGGGCUUCGAGUACGGAUGGGGCAUCUAUUGCGUGCAGCUACUCGUCGAGCGGCUUGGAGGUAAGGAUCGGUUCUUUGAGUACGUCGACCACCACAUCUUUGGCGCGCUUGGCAUGACCGCUUCCACCUACCGACCGGCUCUGGUGCCGCAUGUCUGGAAGCGUCGCCUGCAGAUGGUAGAGCGCAAGGUGGACACCUCUACGAAGAACGGCAAGGCAUACUUCGUGGCCCGUGACAAAGAUACGUAUGGCCUGACCUGCAGUAUAUCCGAUCUUGCCCGGCUCUUUGGCGAUAUUAUGUCGCCGGAUUGCAAGCUCCUCCAGCGCCAGGAACAUCGUGAUCUGUUUUUUAUGCCGCAGUUGACUCCCAGUAGCCAUGCACACCAGUCGUUGCUGGCCGAAACCACCAACUAUGGCUUCCUGCUCCCCCUCAAACAGGACGUGUCGCAUAAGGUAUCCUGGGCGUUAACUCCACCUCCGGCCAUGAACUGGACCGCGGCGGGCGCACUUGUUGAAGAGGACGGUACUCUCCCCGGCUCAUGUAUCCCGAAAGGGACAGUCGCGUUUGAAGGUCAACCCAAUAUCAUUUGGACCGUGAACCGCGAAAAGGGGCGUAUGAUGCUUUUUGGUACCCAGUUACUGCCUGGCUAUGAUGUGAAAGCACAUAAUCUUGCGGUUCAAUUCUUGUACGACGCAUGGAAGACAUUCGGCUAG